AUGUCAGGAUCAGUAUGGGAUAUAGAAGGACUACUUUGUGAAGACGAUAUUCCAUACGAACAAGAGGUAGCAAAAAAUCCUAAUAAUUUAUCAAAUUGGUUAAGAUAUUAUAGAUUUAAAUCAUCGACAUCAUCAUGUACAUUUCAAAAUAGAGUAUUCAUUCUAGAAAGGGCAGUUAAACAAUUACCAAGGUCAUACAAGUUAUGGAUGAUUUAUAUUGACGUAGUUUUACAGGAAGUACAGACUUCAGUCAGCUAUAAGAGUAAAUCCGAAAUUCUUCUGGUUAACAUGGUAUUCGAAAGGUCGCUACAAUUACUCAAUAGAGCACCGAUAUUAUGGAUCAAAUAUCUAGAAUUUCUAGUUGAGACACAGCCUUACGAAAUAACAUUGCUAAGAAGAAAAUUCAACGAAUGUUUGUAUAAUUUGCCAAUAAGUCAACAUCAUUUAAUUUGGCCAUUAUAUAUACGAUUUGCGGAUGAUGUUGGAGGAAUGACAGGAGUCAAGGUUUACUUGAAAUAUUUGCAGUAUGCCAACCCUGAAUCGCUUCAGGGAUUGAAUAAUGAGCAGGAGGGCGAGCUUGGAAUAACUAUAGAUGAUAUAAUUUCGAAGUUGGUGGAAUUUGGUGAUGUUAAAGAGGCAUCUAAACUAUUUCAGCACAUUUUACAACAUACUGACAAGUUUAUUGGCUUAUCGAAGUCACCAUUGCAGUUGUGGAUCGAGUAUAUUGACUUGUUAGUAAAUUCCGUCUCAAAAAAUAAGCGAAGUACAGUGAAUUAUAAUGAAUUUGACUAUUUCUUUGAGAAAUUAAUCAAGGAUGGAUUGCAGAAAUUUCCAGACCAAAUAGGUAAGUUUUACUUGAAAUUGACUUUUUAUUUUAUCAAACGUAAAAACCUUUUUAAAGCUAGAUAUUAUUUUGAUGAAGGUUUGAAAACAUGUGUUUCAGUUAAGGAUUUUACUAUGAUAUUUGAUUCAUAUACCGAAUUUGAGGAAAACAUUUUAACAAAUAUGAGUGAAAAGCUUGAAAAAUUAGGUGAAGAUUCAGACUUGAAUAAUGAGUUGGAUUUAAGAAUGAAUGUUUUCGAAAAAUUAAUAAAUGACAGACCAUAUUUAUUGAACGACAUGAUGCUAAGACAAGAUGUGAAUAAUUUGGAUGAAUGGUUUAAAAAAAUAGUGCUCUACAAGAAAGAUAGCGAUAUCAAUAUGAUGCUAGAUACUUAUGCAGCGGCAUUGAGGACCAUUAAUCCUUUGAAAGCUCACUCGUUGGCUAACAAAAAGGAAAACACAUUACCCAACCUAUGGAUUAAUUAUGCAAAUGUUUAUGCCUCACAGAAUGAUGUUAAGACAGCGAACCUUAUAUUCUCCAAAUCUGUAAAAUCUCAAUUUCAAUCUCCUGAUGAUCUUGCUACUUUAUAUAUUGAGUGGUGUGAGCUUUUUGUAAAGCAUAAUGAUGACAAGAAAGCAAUUGAAAUUGUUGAGGAUAUAUGUACUUCGGAACGUGGUAAAUUUGAUUACAACGAUUCUUCGAUUGAUAUACAUAUAAGAGUUCAAAAGUCUAUCAAAUUGUGGUCUUUUUAUUUGGAUUUGUUAGAGUCAAUGAUAGAGAACAAUAAUCAGAUUGAUGAGAUAGAGAAGGUAAUUAAUGCAUAUAAUAUAACAAUUGAUCUCAAGAUUGCUACUCCUUUAACUAUAAUUAAUUUCGCUAACUUUUUGGAGGAAUGGAACUUCUAUGAACGGUCAUUUUCCGCGUAUGAAAUGGGAUUGAAGAUUUUCAAAGAUUCCAAAAUAAAAUUCGAAAUUUGGAACAUAUAUCUUUCGAAAAUAAUAAAGCAUGAGUUAAAUAUAGAGAGAAUAAGAGAUUUAUUUGAGCAAUGCUUGAAUGAAUCCUCCAUUGAAGGCUAUAAUGGAUGCCCUGCAAACUUAUGCAAACCCGUUUACUUGCUAUACUCUCAAUACGAACAAAGUAAAGGGUGGUUUACUAAAUCAGUUAAGAUCUUACAACAAGGGUUGAGUAAAUUGGAUGAUGGUUAUAAUCAAGAAUUUUAUACCAAGGCAGAAAAGGAUACUAUACUAAGGGACAAGUUUGAUAUUUAUCAAGUCUUAAUCAGUAAAAUACUCAAACUUAAUGACCAUAAUGAGACUAGAAAGAUUUAUGAGCAAUCACUCAAAGACAACCAACUAACAUUACCUAAUUUGAUUCAGUUAACCAUGGAAUUUAUCAACUUUGAGACUGAAUUAAUGGAAUUUAAUCGGGUUAGAUCGUUAUUUAAAUAUGUGUGUCAAUUAUCUAACCCUCAAAGUCCUUUGAUAGAACCAAUUUGGCAUAAUUGGGAAACAUUUGAACUAAAUCAUGGCAAUGAAGCUACAUUUAAAGAUAUGCUAAGAUUCAAAAGAAAGAUUGUCACAGAGUUUGAAAAGGAUAUUAUUUUGAAGAAUUCGUUAAACCCAAUGGGUUUUGUAAAGUCGUCUCAAGGACCGAAGGUAUCAUCUAUUGCCAUAUCUGCACCAAAAGAAGAAAAUAAUCCCGAUUCUAUAGACUUAGAUAUGGAUAUGUAA